GUAAGCUGUCACCUGCAACCAUCGGAGGGUGCAACAUGGAGUUAAAAAGUUGAGUUUUAAAGCGGCUCUCUGGUAGCUCAUGGCAGCAGAGGAAGCAGGGGCUGUCGGCCGACCUCCGGCCUGUCUGUGCGUCCUCUGCGGACUACCUGCUGCUGGGAAGUCCACGUUGGCCCGCCAGGUCCUGAGCACCGCUGCACAGCACGGAUGGAGAGCCAGUUUGGUGCCGUAUGAUGACCUGAUCCCCGAGCAUGCUUUUCAGACCAGAGUGGUGGAGGACGCUGUCAAACUGCAAAGAAUGCAGACUGAAUGGAAGUUACACAGACAGGCAGUUCUGCAGGCCAUUGAACGGUUUUUGGAGAAGCCUCAAGUUCUGGCCGAGCUGCCGAGCAGCUGUCAGAUCAACGGGGCUGCAUGGGAACGAUGCAUUCAAGCUGUACUGCAGCCUGAAGCGUUGGAUUGCUCUCAAGCUGACCGAGCACCACUUCUCUUUCUACUGGACGACAACUUCUACUAUCCAAGCAUGAGAUAUGAAGUGUACCAACUUGCCAGAAAGUAUUCGCUGGGUUUCUGCCAGGUCUAUCUGCACUGUGAUUUGGAGUUCUGCAUCAACAGAAACCAGUGCAGGUCUGAACCCAUUCCCACUGAGGUGAUAUUGGAGAUGGUGAAGCGUUUGGAGGCUCCAAAUCCACAGAAGAACUCAUGGGAGACAAACAGCAUUUCACUCAGCACUACAAGCAAUUUAUCAAAAUGUGACAUCCAGAGAGUGAUGGAGUUGAUCUCCUCUGCACUGAGCAACCCGCUGAGCCCGGUGGAGGACAACACUGAACAAACGGAGGCUGACCGCCUGAAAUGCGCCACUAGUGUGCUUCACCAGGCUGACCAGGCCUGUCGACGGCGCAUCUCUGAAGCCAUGAAGACAGCCAGAGAAAAUCAAGUACGCCCCGAGCACAUGAGGUCUUUGGCCGCUCAGCUGAAUGACUCCAAGGCAACAUUCCUUCACAGCCUGCGGGGACAGUUGCUUCAGGGAGCGUCUUUCACUCAAGAAGAGGACAUUGAUGUAGAACGUGUGGUGGAAAGAGCAGUGGAUGUUUUUGAUCGUGAGAGAAAGGAAAUCCUGUGGAGAAUCAUGAAUGGAAAUAAAUGACUUGAAUCUU